AUGGAGCAUUUUUUGCUGGAGGUGGCGGCCACGCCGCUUCGGUUAAUCGCUGCUAAGAACGAGAAGAGUCGUAGCGAGCUGAGCAGGUUCUUGGCCAAGGAGGUAUGGACACCUCAAGAUCGUCAGUGUAUCCUGAACACUUUAGCACAGUUACUCCUUGAUAAAGACUGUACUGUGCUGAUUGGUCGCCAUCUGCGCCCUCUCCUUUUGGAUUUGCUUGAAAGGAAUGCGGACGCCAUUAAAGCUGGAGGCCAAAUCAACCAUGAUCUACACGAACGGCUCUGUGUGUCCAUGAGCAAACUCAUUGGUAACCAUCCUGAUGUCCUCCCGUUUGCCCUGAGGUAUUUCAAGGACACAUCCCCAGUUUUUCAGAGGCUCUUCCUAGAGAGUUCAGAUGCUAACCCGGUCCGCUAUGGGCGCCGGCGGAUGAAGCUCCGGGACCUAAUGGAAGCAGCCUACAAGUUUCUGCAGCAAGAGCAGUCUGUGUUCUGGGAACUCUGGGACUGGAGUGUGUGUGUUCCUCUCCUCAGAAGCCAUGACACCUUGGUCCGCUGGUACACAGCCAACUGUCUUGCUUUGGUCACCUGUAUGAAUGAAGAACACAAGUUAUCAUUCCUUAAGAAGAUUUUCAGUAGUGAGGAAUUGAUUCAUUUCAGGUUGAAGUUACUAGAAGAAGCUCAGCUGCAAGACUUGGAAAAGGCCUUGGUUUUGGCUAAUCCAGAAGCUUCCCUUUGGCAUAAGGAGAAGGAGCUGCAGUACUUACAGGGACACCUUUUUUCAGCAGACCUCUCCUCCAGGGUGACCACUGUCUGUGGUGUAGUGCUGCCUAGGCAGCUCCUGGCCCCUGGAGAGCAGGCUAGUAAUAGGAGUUCUUCACGUGAACAGGAGCUGGCCCUUAAGUCUUACGUGCUGGUUGAGUCAGUCUGCAGAAAUCUUCAGACCUUGGCUAUGGCAGUGGCAUCUCAUAAUGCGGUGUUGUUGGAAGGACCAAUAGGAUGUGGCAAAACUUCCUUAGUUGAACAUUUAGCUGGAAUGACAGGUAGAAGGAAGCCCCCUCAUCUUCUCAAAGUUCAGCUUGGAGAUCAGACUGACAGUAAGAUGCUGUUGGGGAUGUAUCGCUGCACAGAUGUCCCAGGAGAGUUUGUGUGGCAGCCUGGCACUCUGACACAGGCAGCCACCAAGGGCCACUGGAUCCUUCUGGAGGACAUUGACUAUGCCCCCUUGGAUGUGGUUUCCAUGCUGAUCCCUCUCUUGGAGAAUGGAGAGCUCUUGAUUCCUGGCCGAGGUGACUGUCUGAAAGUGGCACCUGGUUUUCAGUUCUUUGCAACCAGGAGACUCUUGAGCUAUGGAGGAAAUUGGUAUCGACCAUUAAACAGUCAUGCUACUUUGCUAGACAAAUACUGGACCAAAAUUCACCUGGAUAACAUGGACAAGACAGAACUGAAUGAGAUCCUUAACAGUUACAAACCUGUAGACCAUAAGCUCAUUUGGCUACCCUUACGAGAGGGAUUUGAGGAACUCUUUGCCCAGACAUUUUCCAAGAAGCAGAACUUUACCUUCUUGGGACACAUUCAGACCUGUUACAGGCAGAAGCGGUGGCAUGAUCUCCUGAGACUAAUGCAACAUGUUCAAAAGUCUGCUGUCAACAAGGAUGGAAAAGAGAGUGAAACUGGAUUGCUCCUAAAGGAGAAGUGGGAAGCAUUUGGUCUUAGACUUAGCCAUGCUGAACAACAGAUGAAAAUGACUGAAAAUGCCCUAUUGUUUGCCUUUGUAGAGGGCACAUUAGCUCAAGCUGUAAAGAAAGGAGAGUGGAUCUUAUUGGAUGAGAUUAAUCUGGCUGCUCCAGAAACAUUGGAAUGCCUGAGUGGUUUACUUGAAGGAUCUGCUGGCUCCCUGGUGUUGCUGGAUCGAGGAGACACAGAGCCAUUGGUUCGUCAUCCUGACUUCCGCUUAUUUGCCUGCAUGAAUCCAGCCACUGAUGUAGGCAAAAGAAAUCUCCCACCAGGAGUAAGAAACAGGUUCACAGAACUUUACGUGGAAGAAUUGGAAAGUAGAGAAGAUUUACAAAUUCUUAUUGUGGAUUAUCUGAAAGGAUUGAGUGUGAACAAGAGCACAGUGCAAGGAAUCAUAAACUUCUACACAGUUGUGCGGAAGGAGUCUGGAACCAAAUUGGUGGAUGGGACUGGCCACAAACCUCACUACAGCCUUCGGACUCUCUGUAGGGCCCUGCGAUUUGCAGCCUCCAAUCCAUGUGGCAGCAUCCAGCGCUCACUCUAUGAGGGCUUUUGUUUGGGUUUCUUAACACAGCUUGACAGGGCAUCACACCCAGUAGUUCAGAAGCUCAUUUGUCAAUACAUUGUCUCUGGCAAUAUCAAAAGUCUGCUGAAGCAGCCUAUUCCAGAACCAAAAGGAGGCCGGCUUAUCCAGGUCGAAGGUUACUGGAUAUCGGUGGGAGAUAAGGAACCUACAAUAGAUGAGACAUAUAUUCUCACAUCUUCCGUCAAGCUGAACCUGAGAGAUACAGUCCGAGUGGUCUCUGCAGGAAUCUACUCAGUGCUGAUUCAGGGAGAGACAUCAGUUGGUAAGACAAGCCUCAUUCGGUGGUUGGCUGCAGCUACUGGGAAUUACUGUGUGCGUAUCAACAACCAUGAACACACGGAUAUUCAGGAGUAUAUUGGUUGCUAUACAUCUGAUGGCUCAGGGAAGCUUGUGUUUAAAGAAGGUAUUCUUAUUGAUGCUAUGAGAAAGGGCUAUUGGAUUAUUUUAGAUGAAUUAAACUUGGCCCCUACUGAUGUGUUAGAGGCACUGAAUCGACUCUUAGAUGAUAACCGUGAAUUGCUUAUAACAGAAACACAAGAAGUUGUUAAAGCACAUCCGCGAUUCAUGCUUUUUGCUACUCAAAAUCCCCCAGGACUUUAUGGGGGUAGAAAGGUGCUUUCUAGAGCCUUCAGGAACCGGUUUGUGGAAUUGCAUUUUGAUGAAUUGCCUAGUUCUGAGUUGGAAACAAUCUUGCACAAACGGUGUAGUUUACCACCCUCCUAUUGUAGCAAGUUGGUUAAAGUAAUGCUGGACCUUCAGUCUUAUCGCAGAGGUUCUUCUGUGUUUGCUGGGAAGCAGGGCUUCAUCACUCUUCGUGAUCUGUUCCGGUGGGCUGAAAGGUAUAGAUUGGUUGAACAGACUGAGAAGGAAUAUGACUGGCUACAGCAUUUAGCCAAUGAUGGUUUUAUGCUUCUCGCAGGCCGAGUCAGGAAGCAGGAGGAGGUUGAUGUGAUUCAAGAAGUCCUUGAAAAACAUUUUAAGAAAAAAUUGUGUCCUCAAUCUCUUUUCUCCAAAGAAAAUGUCCUAAAUAUGCUAGGUAAAUUGUCUACUCAGAUAUCCACACUGGAGUCCAAGUUCAGCCACAUUGUUUGGACCAAAGGCAUGAGGAGACUGGCUGUGCUGAUGGGAAGGGCAUUGGAAUUUGGUGAACCAGUACUGUUGGUUGGAGACACGGGGUGUGGGAAAACGACUAUCUGUCAGGUGUUUGCAGCUUUAACAAAUCAGAAAUUAUACUCAGUCAACUGCCACUUACAUAUGGAGACAUCAGACUUCCUGGGAGGGCUGCGGCCAGUGAGACAGAAGCCAAAGGACAAGGAAGAAAUUGACACAUCAAGACUCUUUGAGUGGCAUGAUGGACCUCUGGUUCUGGCCAUGAAGGAGGAUGGCUUUUUCCUCUUGGAUGAGAUCUCAUUGGCUGAGGACUCUGUCCUGGAAAGGCUUAACAGUGUCCUUGAAGUAGAAAAGUCUCUGGUGUUGGCUGAAAAAGGCAGCCUAGAGGACAAGGAUAAUGAGGUAGAGCUGUUGACUGCUGGGAAAAAAUUCCGUGUAUUGGCAACCAUGAACCCUGGGGGCGACUUUGGAAAAAAAGAGCUGUCUCCUGCUUUGAGAAACCGGUUUACAGAAAUAUGGUGUCCUCAAAGCACAAGUCGUGAGGAUUUGAUUCAGAUUAUCAAUCGCAAUCUUCAUCCGGGAUUGUCUCUGGGCAGAACAGAUCAUAAAGGGGCUGACAUAGCUGAGGUGAUGCUGGAUUUCACUGACUGGCUAACCCACCAGGAGUUUGGGCGAAGGUGUGUGGUCAGUAUCAGAGAUAUCCUGUCCUGGGUUAACUUCAUGAAUACGAUGUGGGAGGAAGCUGCUUUGAAAAGGCCGGAGGCCAUCUCUGCUGUGACAUCUUUUGUCCAUGCCGCAUGCCUGGUGUACAUAGAUGGAAUAGGUUCAGGAAUGACUUCCUCUGGGUUUGGUACAGCCCUCUUGGCUCGCAAAGAAUGUUUGAAAUUCCUAAGCAAGAAACUUUCCAGGAUAGUCCGACUUACAGAAUGUCAGAAAAAUGAAUUGAAGAUUUAUGACAGGCUCAAGGCUAAAGAAUUCACUGGGAUAGAUAAUCUUUGGGGAAUUCAUCCAUUUUUUAUACCAAGGGGACCUGUCCUUCACAGGAAUAAUAUUGCCGACUAUGCACUCAGUGCUGGCACUACAGCUCUGAAUGCCCAGAGGCUCUUACGUGCCACGAAACUGAACAAACCCAUUCUCCUGGAGGGCUCCCCUGGCGUGGGCAAGACCAGUUUGGUGGGAGCAUUAGCAAAGGCCUCAGGCAACACUCUUGUUCGAAUCAACUUGUCAGAGCAGACGGACAUCACAGACCUAUUUGGAGCAGAUCUACCUGUUGAAGGUGGCAAAGGAGGCGAGUUUGCCUGGCGUGAUGGCCCCUUACUGGCCGCUCUGAAGGCAGGCCACUGGAUUGUGUUGGAUGAGCUUAACUUGGCUUCUCAGUCUGUAUUGGAAGGACUCAAUGCCUGUUUUGACCAUCGAGGAGAAAUCUAUGUUCCUGAGUUAGGAAUGAGCUUUCAAGUACAGCAUGAGAAGACGAAGAUUUUUGGAUGUCAAAAUCCUUUCAGACAAGGAGGUGGGAGGAAGGGCUUGCCUAAGUCUUUCCUUAACAGAUUCACUCAGGUCUUUGUGGAUCCCCUUACAGUAAUUGACAUGGAGUUCAUUGCCAGUACUUUGUUUCCAGCCAUUGACAAAAAUAUUGUCAAGAAAAUGGUUGCUUUCAAUAACCAAAUUGAUCAUGAAGUGACUGUUCAAAAGAAAUGGGGACAGAAAGGAGGACCCUGGGAAUUCAACCUCCGGGACCUUUUCCGCUGGUGUCAGUUGAUGCUGGUUGACCAGUCUCCUGGGUGUUAUGAUCCUGCUCAGCAUGUGUUUUUGGUCUAUGGUGAAAGAAUGAGAACCAGGGAAGACAAAGAAAAGGUCAUUGCUGUGUUCAAGGAUGUGUUUGGCUCAAAUUCCAACCUGUAUAUGGGAACCAGACUGUUUCACAUCACUCCCUAUGAAGUUCAGCUGGGCUACUCAGUCCUCACCCGUGGCAGCUAUGUUCCUCACCCAUCUCGCCGACCCCUGAUGCUCCUGCACCAGUCGUUACAGUCCCUGGAGUCCAUCAUGAAGUGCGUGCAGAUGAGCUGGAUGGUCAUCCUUGUGGGGCCAGCCUCCAUGGGCAAGACCAGCCUUGUGCAGCUUCUGGCACACCUCACUGGCCACACAUUAAAGAUCAUGGCUAUGAACAGUGCAAUGGACACUACUGAGCUUUUGGGCGGAUUUGAACAGGUUGAUCUUAUACGCUCUUGGAGGCAGCUGCUAGAGAAGGUGGAGAGCACUGUAAGGGCACUGUUAAGGGACAGCCUCCUUGUUAGUACCGAUGAUACGGAAGUAGUACUGCGAGCCUGGAGUCACUUCCUUCUGACAUAUAAGCCCAAGUGUCUUGGAGAAGGUGGGAAGGAUAUCACAAUGGAGAUCGUCAAUAAACUGGAAGCUGUGUUACUGCUUAUGCAACGACUCAACAAUAAAAUCAACUCAUACUCCAAGGCAGAGUUUGCCAAACUUGUGGAAGAGUUCCGGAGCUUUGGGUUGAAGCUCAUGCAGUCAGUCAGUGGCCACAGCCACGGCACAUUUGAAUGGAUUGACAGCAUGUUGGUUCGGGCCCUGAAAUCUGGAGACUGGCUUCUGAUGGACAAUGUUAACUUCUGCAACCCAUCAGUGCUGGAUCGUUUGAAUGCUUUGCUUGAACCUGGAGGUGUUCUCACUGUUAGUGAGAGAGGAAUGAUAGAUGGAGCCAUUCCCACAAUAACACCAAAUCCCAAUUUCAGGCUUUUUCUCUCAAUGGAUCCUGUACAUGGAGAAAUAUCUCGAGCUAUGAGGAAUCGUGGGCUUGAAAUCUACAUUUCAGGAGGAGGGGACGGGAACAUCCCGGAUGAUCUGGAUUUGAAAGUUCUGCUCCAUAGCCUUGGGUUGGUGGGGGACAGUGUGUGUGACACCCUCUUGGCUCUACAUACAGAAACCCGAAGAGCUGUUGUAGGUUCUCUAACAUCUGUGUCAAGUCUGAUUCAGACAGCCAUUCUCAUUGUCCAGUACCUGCAGAGAGGGCUGAGUUUGGAUAGAGCUUUUUCUGAAGCAUGCUGGGAAGUCUACGUCUGCUCUCAGCACUCACCAGCAAAUCGGAAGCUUGUACAGGCAUUACUGAGGAAAUAUGUUUCUUCUCUGCAAGCACAUGAAACCUGGGGUAAUUCCAUUCUUGCCAUGGGACUGUGGCCAGAUUCUCUGCCCUCAGUUCACUUUGCUACUGAAGACUCUCACCUCUCUAUAGUCCGAAGUGAUGGACAGAUCUUAGCGUAUUGCCUCAACAGAAUGAGCAUGAGAACCAGCAGCUGGGCAAGGAGUCAGCCUCUCACCUUGCAAGACUUAGAGAAAAUUAUGCAGUCCUCCAAUCCUGAGAACCUGAAGUUCAGUGCAGUUGAGAUGGAUACAUCUUGGAUUGAUGAACCAGAUGUUCUGGCUAUGGCUGUUAAAUUGCUCAUAGAAAGAGCAACCAAUCAAGAUUGGAUGCUCAGAGUUAAAUGGCUUUAUCAUUUAGCCAAGAAUAUACCACAGGGGCUUGAAUCAAUACGGAUUCAUUUGGAAGCCAGUGCUGCAUCUCUUAGAAACUUUUACUCAAAUUCUCUCUCUGCUGGGGUCAGUAAUGUCAUCAAAAUAUUGCAACCAAAUGUAACAGAUGAAUUUGUGGUCCCUCUGGACCCUCGCUGGAAUAUUCAGGCUUUGGACAUCAUUAGAAAUUCCAUGGAUUUCGACCCACAAACGGACCAGUCUGAACAGUUCUUUGCCCUUUUAGAAUCUGUUGCAAACAAGACAAUUAUAUAUCUUGACCGGGAAAAACGGAUUUUUACUGAAGCAAAUUUGGUUUCUGUUGGUAGCAAAAAGUUUAGAAAUAGUGUUUUGAGAAUGUCCUUUGAAUUUCAUAAAGAUUUUAAUCAUUCACCUUGUUUAAUAGUAAUGGCCAACAUUUACUGGGCACUUACUCUCUGCCAGAUACUGGGUUCUGUGCGGUGGCGUGACCGGUUUUGGACUGUGUCUGACACGGUAAAAGUGGAUGCUCCAGGAUUGGCCCUGCUUGCCCUUCAUUGGCACUGGGUUUUGAAACAUUUGAUCUAUCAGAUUCCUCAACUUCUGAUGAAUCAUGAAGACAAAUACUACAAAGAGGUUCAGACCGUUUCAGAACAUAUUCAGAAAUGCUUGGGGAGCCCGACUGGUGGCUUCACUGGUAUAAAGAAGCUGCAGAAGUUCCUGGGAAGACCAUUUCCUUUUAAGGACAAGCUGGUGGUGGAGUGUUUUUCACAAUUGAAAGUCCUUAGCAAAGCCCUUGCCAUCAGGGAGUGGAUUCCUGCCCUUGGGGAGAGUGGAUGGCAGGAGAACAUUAGUCGUCUCCAAGUGUUUGCUUUUGAGUGGACAUUAAAGAAAAGUCUCCUGCAGGCCUGGGGAUUGGUCCUCAGAGCUAAUAUUCUGGAAGAUGUCAACCCAGGUGAAUUGAAGGAUCAUGUGAAUGCUCAGUGUUUAGAACUAAAAGCCAAAGGAAUUUCACUGGGUUGUCCAGAGAAACAGUACAGUGAAACUGCCGUCCUGUCUCAGCCAGCAUUUACCUCCUUAAUGCAACUAAGCAGGGUUGUUCAAUUAUGGCCUGCAAUGGAGUACCUGGCUGUGCUUUGGCAGUACAAAAUGACAGCUGAUUUUAUGGCACAGGCUUGUCUAAGAAGGUCCAGCAAAAACCAGCCCCACAUAAGUGAAGAGAUAAAGCAUCAUGUCAGAUUUUGUCUUAAACACACACCAGUUGCUCCUCAGGAACUGCGAAAUCUUUGGUCCAUGCUGCACCAUCAACAGGUGUCUACUGAAGAAAUUAUUUCUGUAUGGUCUGAGCUAUUUAAUUCCACAUUUACCUCUUUCUGGAGCAGUACCGUGACAACAGAUCCUGAGUACUGGCUAACUUGGAGCCCUCUGCCUGGUGGGCAGCAGAGGGAGAGGCCCAAGUCCCUGUUGGACUCCACAUUGAAGGGCCCAGGCAGUCUCAACAGAGCCAUGUUCUCCAAGUGCUGCUUUGAAGUCCUGACCAGCAGCUGCAGAGCAAGUCCCUGGGAUGUGAGUGGCCUCCCCAUCCUGUCUUCCUCGCACGUCACCUUGGGAGAAUGGGUUGAGAGAGCCCAGCAACUGCAGGACGUCAGCUCGGUGCUUUGGACCAACAUGGCUCUCCCUUUAAUAGCAGAGUUCAGACGGACGGACUCUCAGCUCCAGGGGGUGGUACUGUGUCGGCACCUGGCGGGCCUAGCCGAGCUGCUCCCAGAGCCCCGGCGGCAGGAAUAUGUGCAGAACUGUGACCAGCUGCUGCUUGGAGACAGCCAGGCCUUCCAAUAUGUGGGCCAAACUCUUGGGGAAAUGGCAAGUCAAGAGAUGCUGCCCACGGAACUGCUCUGCCUCCUGCUCACCUCUCUGCGCAGCCUUUUUGGAGAAGGAGAGAGUAAGAGGAAUCUGCCUGAGCCAGCCCACCGCGGAAGCCUCUGGGUGGGCCUUGGCUUGCUUCAGAUUCAGACCUGGCUUCCUCAGACACGCUUCGACCCUGCAGUGAAGAGGGAAUACAAGCUCAAGUAUGCCAAGGAAGAGUUACACCAGCUGCAGUGUGAGUGGAAGACCCGAAACCUCUCAUCCCAGCUACAAACGGGAAGAGACCUGGAAGAUGAAGCCAUUAUUAACUACUUUCAUCCUCAUGUCAGGUUGCUCCGCCAAAGAAUUGAUCAACUGGAGAAUCUGACCUGCAGCCUAUCUAAGAAGCAGGCCUUCAGACCCCAGCUGCCUGCAUAUGAGUCCCUAGUGCAGGAGAUCCACCACUAUGUCACCAGCAUCGCCAAGGCCUCGGCUGUUCAGGAUCUGCUUUCGCGGCUCUUGCAGGCUGUCCGUAUGGAAGGGCCUCGGUCUGCCCAGGUGGCCCAGAGCCUUCUGAAGGAGGAGGCAUCUUGGCAGCAGUCACACCACCAGUUCCGGAAACGUCUGGUAGAAGAGUAUGCCCUGUAUCCAGACACCGUGGCUCCACUGCAGUCAUCCAUCCUGCAGAUGCAGCAUGGCAUGAGGCUGGUGGCAUCUGAAGUCCAUGCUUUGCUCCAUGGCAGUGUAGUUUCUAUGGACAGGCUGGGUACCCUGGUUACAUCCUUGCUGGCUUUCCCAUCAGUGGGCCCUACUUUCCCUACCUACUAUGCUCAUGCAGAUGCUUUGUGCUCUGUGAAAUCAGAGGAGGUUCUGCAAGGCCUUGGAAAGCUGACCCUCAAGUGUUUCAAUGGAAAGGAGCUGGAAGGCAAGGGCCAGAGGUCCUGCCCUACCCGAGAACAGCUGAUGAUGAAUGCGCUCCUCUAUCUGCGUUCCCAUGUGCUGUGCAAGGGAGAGCUGGACCAGCGAGCCCUGCAUCUCUUCAGACAUGUGUGCCAGGAAAUCAUCAAUGAGUGGGAUGAACAGGAACGCAUAGCCCAAGAGAAGGCAGAGCAGGAAAGCAGCCUCUAUAGAUAUAGGAGCAGAAACUCCAGGACUGCCCUGAGUGAAGAGGAGGAGGAGGAGCGAGAGUUCAGAAGACAGUUUCCACAGCACGAAAAGGAUUUUGCAGACAUUUUGGUGGAGUCAACACUAAAUGAGAAAAAGGAAACUUCAGAUGGUCGGGAAGAGGAAGCAGCCAUUGACACCGCUGUCCUCUCCCAGAGUUCAAUGCAAGCUGUGAUGCUGAUACACCAGCAGCUGUGCCUCAACUUUGCUCGAUCCCUUUGGUACCAGCAAAUCCUGCCACCACAUGAGGCAAAGCAUUACCUUGGCCUGUUUCUGUCCUGCUAUCAGACUGGGGCGUCGCUUGUAACACACUUCUACCCUCUGAUGGGGGUUGAGCUGAAUGACCAGCUCUUGGGCAGCCAGCUUUUGGCCUAUACACUCUCCCAUAACACUCUCUUUGGGGAAGCUUCCUCAGACCUGAUGGUGAAGCCUGAUGGGCCUUAUGACUUUUAUCAGCACCCCAACAUCCCAGAAGCCUGGCAGUGCCAACCUGUGCUUCAGGGAUUCUCAGAUGCUGUCAGUCAGCUGCUGCAGGAUUGGCCGGAACACCCUGCCCUUGAGCAGCUUUUGGUUGUGAUGGACAGAAUUCGUGGUUUUCCGCUUUCCAGUCCAAUUUCAAAGUUCUUACAUGGCUUAGAGAUCCUUUUAGCAAAAGCACAGGAUUGGGAGGAAAAUGCAAGUCGAGCUUUGUCUCUGCGGAAGCAUCUUGAUUUGGUCACUCAGAUGAUCAUUCGAUGGCGUAAAUUGGAGCUGAACUGCUGGUCCUUGAGUCUGGAUAAUACCAUGAAGCACCAUACUGAGAAAUCCACCAAGCACUGGUUCUCUAUCUAUCAGAUGCUUGAGAAGCAUAUGCAGGAACAAACAGAAGAGCAGGAAGAUGAAAAACAGAUGACCCUGAUGUUGCUGGUCAGCACAUUACAAGCAUUUAUUGAAGGAUCGUCUCUGGGAGAAUUCCAUGUUCGACUUCAGAUGUUACUGGUUUUCCAUUGCCAUGUCUUGCUGAUGCCACAAGUUGAAGGAAAGGAUUCACUUUGCAGUGUUCUGUGGAAUCUGUAUCAUUAUUACAAGCAGUUCUAUGACCGGGUCCAGGCCAAAAUCAUGGAACUUCGGUCCCCCAUAGAGAAGGAACUUAAAGAAUUUGUUAAGAUAUCCAAAUGGAAUGAUGUCAGCUUCUGGUCCAUUAAACAAUCUGUGGAAAAGACACACAGGACCCUCUUUAAAUUCAUGAAGAAAUUUGAAGCUGUGCUAAGUGAACCUUGCCGAUCAUGCCUGGUGGAGAAUGACAAAGAGGAACAGUCUGACUUUUGGCCUGGGCCAACUGAUGCAGCCACAAGUGACCCGUCUCCCAUUCAAAGGCUGAACAAAGCACUGAGGGAGACCUUGUUGGCACGGCCAGCGGCUGGACAGGCCAUGAUUCCAGAACAGUGUCAGGGUGUUGCUCCUUUUCCCUCAGAGGGCGAACUUCUGAGUCGCUUGCCAAAGCUCUUGAAACGAAUGAGGAAGAUAUGCCUGACGUUCAUGAAGGAGAGCCCCCUGCCACACCUCGUGGAGAGCCUCGAUCAGUUCACUGGUGAAGUAAUUGCCUCUGUGACUGAGCUGCAGAGUUUAAAGGUGGAGCCCUCCGCUGAGAAGGAGAAGCAGUGUUCAGAAGCCAAGCACAUUCUCAUGCAGAAGCAGCGAGCUUUAUCAGACCUCUUUAAACACCUUGCAGACACUGGUUUGUCAUAUCGCAAAGGUCUUGCCUGGGCUCGUUUGAAAAACCCCCAAGAGAUGCUUCAUCUUCACCCAUUAGAUCUCCGGAGCGCGUUGUCUAUAGUCAUCGACACUCAGGAGGCUGAUUCUAGGCUGCUUACAGAAAUUUCAUCGUCGUGGGAUGGAUGCCAGAAAUAUUUUUAUCGCUGUCUUGCACGGCACUCCAGGCUUAAUGCAGCCCUAGCAACCCCUGUCAAGGAGAUGGGCUUGGGCAAUGUUGAACGGUGUAAAGGGUUCUCUGCCCAUUUGAUGAAGAUGCUUAUCAGACAACGGCGUUCUCUGACCACACUGACUGAGCAGUGGAUCAUCCUCAGGAACCUCCUCAGCUGUGUGCAGGAGAUUGACAGCAGGCUGACAGGGCCCCUGGUCUACCCCGUGGCCUUCCCCCCUCAGGAUGGUGUGCAGCAGUGGACGGAGAGGCUGCAGCACCUGGCCAUGCAGAGCCAGAUCCUCCUUGAGCAGCUCUCCUGGUUCCUCCAGUGCUGCCCCAGUGCCAGGCCAGCUCCAGGCUGUGAUGACGCCCAGGCACAAGGCCAGCCUUCUGCUCCCCACCUAGAAGGACAAGAACUUACUACUGGGCAGCUCUCUGGAGCAGUGCCAGACCUCAUUCCACUAGAUUUUACCUACCCAUCCCCGAUGCCUGGAAAUCAGCUGCCCUCUGGUUGUCGGAUGCAAAAACAGGACCAACUUUGGCAACAGUCAACUGCACAAUUAACAGAGAUGCUGAAAAAUAUUAAAACAGUGAAAGCUGAUCUUGACAAAAUUAGGCAGCAGUCUUGUGAGACUCUCUUUCAUUCUUGGAAAGAUUUUGAAGUUUGCUCUUCUGGGCUGAGUUGCCUCUCCCAGGUGUCAGCUCAUUUGCAAGGCCUAGAGUCCUUGUUCACUCUUCCAGGGUUGGAGGUUGAACAAAUGGACCCACAAAUGGCAUUAGUUGAGAGUCUAAAAUAUGUAAGAGGAGAAAUCAAUAAAGCCUCAGCUGACUUUACUAUCUGGAAGACACAUCUACUCACUCCAGGUAACCACAGAGGAGACCAAAUGUUUGAUGAAGGAUUUAUAGAAGAUUUUUCAGAGCAGAUGGAAAUGGCCAUCCGUGCCACCCUCUGUGCUGUCCAGAAUUUAGCAGAAAGAAACAGCAGAAAAGCAGAGAGCACUGAACAAAUGAGACCACGAGAAGACGCUGAAGCACCAGCCUUUGAGAAACUUCAAUCAGGACAUCUGUCAAAACUCUUAGAGGAUGACUUCUGGGCCGACGUGGGCACAUUGCAUGUGCAGAAGAUAAUUUCUGCUGUCUCCGAGCUGUUGGAGAGGCUGAAGUCGUACGGUGAGGAUGGCACAGCAGCAAAGCACACGGUCUUCAGCCAGUCCUGUUGCCUGUUGGUGCGCCUGGCCCCCAUGCUCUCCAGGUACUCGGACCUCAUCCUCUUCUUCCUGACCAUGUCUUUGGCAAUUCACCGUAGCACCACGAAGCUGCUUUCAGUGCUUGCCCAGGUCUUUACGGAGCUUGCCCAGAAGGGAUUUUGCUUGCCCAAAGAAUUCAUGGAUGAUUCAGCAGGAGAGGGGGCAACUGAGUUCCAUGACUAUGAGGGAGGUGGAAUUGGAGAAGGCGAGGGCAUGAAGGAUGUGAGUGACCAGAUAGAAAAUGAAGAACAGGCAGAAGAUACAUUUCAGAAGGGUCAAGAAAAGGAUAAAGAGGAUCCAGACUCAAAAUCUGAUAUUAAGGGCGAGGACAAUGCCAUUGAGAUGUCAGAAGACUUUGACGGGAAAAUGCAUGAUGGGGAGCUUGAAGAACAAGAAGAGGAUGAUGAGAAAUCAGACAGUGAGGGUGGAGACCUGGACAAACAGAUGGGCAAUCUCAAUGGUGAGGAAGCUGACAAACUAGAUGAGAGGCUUUGGGGUGAUGACGACGAGGAGGAAGAUGAGGAAGAAGAUAGUAAAACCGAAGAAACAGGACCAGGAAUGGAUGAGGAAGAUCCUGAACUUGUUGCCAAAGAUGACAAUUUGAAUGCUGGGAAUUCAAACAAAGAUAAAAAACAGCCAAAUAAGAAAGAAGAAAAAGAAGCAACAGAAGCUGAUGAUGGUGAACAAGGCCAAGACAAAAUUAAUGAACAAAUAGAUGAGAGAGAAUAUGAUGAGAAUGAAGUAGACCCUUACCAUGGCAAUCAGGAAAAACUGCCAGAACCUGAGGCUUUGGACCUUCCAGAUGACUUGAAACUGGAUAAUGAAAACAAGAAUGGUGAUGAGGACACAGACAAUGAAGAUGGAGAAGAAGAGAAUCCUUUGGAGAUAAAAGAAAAGCCAAUGAAUACAGAAGAAGCAGGUCAUGAAGCUGAGGAAAUAAACGAAGAAGCUGAGGCUGAACAGAGUGAAGGUCAAGAUCAGCAUGAGCCUGAGGAAGGCCCCAGUGAAGAUGACAAGGUGGAAGGGGAGGAAGAGAUGGACAUUGGAGCUGAUGACCAGGACAAAGAUACUGCUGAACAUACCGAAGAAAACCUCGAGGAGGAAGAGCAGCCUGCAGAGCAAAAGGACAAAGAUGCAAAUGCAGAUAGCUUAGAAAAUGGCACACCUGCUGACCAAGGUCUUCAGCCUCAGCAGGAAAUAGAAGAGGAGGACCCUGAUGCAGAGGAGCAGGUGCCUGAGGCUCCAGAAAGGAAAGAGCAUGAGUGCUGCGGGCAGACCGGAGAAGAGAACGUGCAGAGCGAGCAGGCCGUGGAGCUGGCCGGGGCCGCACCUGAGAAGGAAAAGGGGAAGGAGGAACAUGGGAGUGGAGCUGCAGAUGCAAACCAGGCGGAAGGCCAUGAAUCCAACUUCAUUGCUCGGUUGGCCUCUCAGAAGCACACCAGGAAAAACACGCAGAGUUUUAAGAGAAAACCUGGGCAGGCUGACAAUGAGCGCUCCAUGGGUGAUCACAAUGAGCAUGUGCAUAAGAGGCUGAAGACCGUGGAUUCAGAGAGCCAUGCUGAGCAGGGCCCAGCCCAGCCCCAGGCCCAGGUGGAGGAAGCGGAUGCAUUUGAGCACAUUCAGCAAGGGAGUGACUCUUACGACACACAGACCUAUGAUGUGGCCAGCAAGGAGCAGCAGCAGUCUACAAAAGCUCCCAGCAAGGAUCAGGAAGAGGAGGAGAUAGAGGAUGCCCUCAUGGACUUACAGGAACAGGAGGAGCUCAAAGCAGUAGACUCAGAGCAGCUGAAGCCAGAGGAGGUCAAACCCAGGACCACAGCUGGCCCUGGCUUUGAUGAGAUGGAGAUGGAGAUCCAAACCAUUAAAACAGAGGAAGACCAAGACUCCAGGACAGACAAAUCCUUCAGGGAGACAGAGAAUGAGAAACCUGAGAGAAGCAGAGACUCGACCAUUCAUACAGCCCAUCAGUUCUUGAUGGACAUGGUUCCCCAGCCUUUUUUAAAAGAUGCCAGUAAGCUAAGGCAAGAGUUGGAAAGACAGCUGGAGACAUGGCAGCCACAUGAAUCUGGAAACCUAGAAGAAGAGAAGGCUGCAGCUGAGAUGUGGCAGAGUUAUCUGGCCUUAACUGCGCCUCUUUCACAACAAUUGUGUGAACAGCUUCGUCUCAUUUUAGAGCCUACUCAGGCAGCCAAGCUGAAAGGAGACUAUCGAACUGGGAAACGUCUGAACAUGCGGAAGGUCAUUCCAUAUAUUGCCAGUCAAUUUCGGAAAGACAAGAUUUGGCUUCGAAGGACUAAGCCCAGUAAACGUCAGUAUCAGAUUUGUUUGGCCAUCGAUGACUCUGCCAGCAUGGUAGACAACCAUACCAAACAGCUUGCGUUUGAAUCUUUGGCGGUAAUUGGAAAUGCUCUAACGCUCCUGGAAGUGGGUCAGAUUGCAGUGUGCAGUUUUGGAGAGUCUGUAAAACUGUUACACCCAUUCCAUGAACAGUUCAGUGAUCACUCGGGAUCCCAGAUUCUACGGUUUUGCAAAUUCCAGCAGAAGAAAACCAAGAUUGCCCAGUUUCUAGAGUCCUCAGCCACCAUGUUUGCAGCUGCGCAGCAGCUCUCACAGAACAUCAGUCCAGAAACUUCUCAGCUCCUCCUGGUGGUCUCUGAUGGACGUGGUCUUUUCCUUGAAGGCAAAGAAAGAGUCCUAGCAGCAGUUCAGGCUGCCCGCAAUGCUAACAUCUUUGUCAUUUUUGUUGUGUUGGACAAUCCCAGUUCACGGGAUUCUAUCUUGGACAUUAAAGUACCAAUAUUUAAAGGACCUGGAGAGAUGCCUGAAAUCCGAUCUUACAUGGAAGAGUUCCCGUUCCCAUUUUAUGUAAUUCUUCGAGAUGUGAAUGCGCUUCCUGAGACACUCAGUGAUGCUCUCAGGCAGUGGUUUGAGUUGGUGACAACCUCUGACCACCUGUAG